AUGCCGCUUGGUCCAACAAAACAUUGCAAGACUCACCCGGGUUAUCCUGUGUAUUAUCGAUUGGGAAUCGAGGGACCUCCUCAGGGGGCUGUGGCUGCCCCUCUGCAGGGGCUAGUCGAUCCGUCCAAGACCCAAAGUAAGACUGUCCCAGACAGGGACAAAAUAUGCCAUACCUCUUCAGACUGUGCUAAAGAUAGCUGCUGCCGCGAUGAGAAAGGGACACUGGUAGAUCCAUCUGGGCUAUUUGAUCACGUGGGACCAGUUACUGAAGUUCUGAAUGGUACCUGUGUACCACUACACGCCCAAUUUGACGAGAAUUGUGGCGAAGCAUGUCCAUGUGACCUGAAUCAAGGUCUUGUGUGCUACAGAACUGUCUCAGAUAACAAAUUUUCCCCAUCAGUCUGCAGACCAAAGGACGUCGUAAGCAAAUGGACCAAUGACUUUAUGGAUUGCUGGAAUAACCCAGACUGUGUGCUGCCUUUGUAA